UUCGUAGAAAGCGACGAUGAUGAGGAGCUUCUGUUUAAUAUCCCGUUUACGGGCAACGUGAAAUUAAAAGGAGUAAUUGUGAUGGGGGAAGAUGACGGUACGCACCCAGCAGAGAUGAGACUGUUCAAGAACAUUCCUCACAUGUCCUUUGAUGACACAGCCAGGGAACCGGACCAGACUUUCAGCCUGAACCGGGAUCCGGCGGGCGAGCUGGAGUACCCCACCAAAAUUGCCCGUUUCUCCAAUGUUUGCCACCUCUCCAUGCACUUCCCGAAGAACUUUGGAGCUGAGACAACGAAGAUUUUUUAUAUAGGCCUGAAAGGAGAGUGGACGGAGGCUCAUCGCCACGAAGUCACCAUCUGCAAUUACGAAGCGUCAGCAAACCCAGCUGAUCACAAGUUGGAACAAAUCACCCCACAGACUCACUUCAUCUCCUAACAGCGCUGUCGGGG